CAGAUUUAGUGUCUCGGUCAUUUUCACAACCAGUUUUAAAGUUUUCAGUAAAUAUUUGUGCGUCAAAGUUUUCAUCCUGUUUUGUUACAUAAUGCAAAGUUUGGAUAAAACAUUUAAAACGAUUUCAAAUGUUUUUUAAAGAAGCAAAGUGAGAAAUCCUGAAACAAAAUGCAGAAGUAAAAAAGCUCAACUCUGAAGCAAUAACAGCGUUAUUGUGAAAUGAUGUUUUCUGCUGAAAGCUGCAGCAGUAAAGUUCAUAUUUGCUCUGAUGAGUCGACGUUAAGCUGCAGCUUGUGUAAGAGCUGGUCUCAUGUUCCUGGUGUUAGAGCGCUAGAUGUUUGGAAAAUAGAUUUUCCAUCUAAUUUUGCAGCAAAUGAGCCAACCUGCCACUGAACGGAGUCUUUAAUAAACCUUGAAUUUUGCACAAAAAUGUGUAAAUUUUGUGUUUAGUUCAGUUUUACGUUGCUUCUUGUGAAUAAAGCUGAAAUUGUUGCAGCUUUAUGCUUUAUGCUUUCUGGUCCAGGUAGCUCAUAGUGUUUAUUAUAGUUCAGUUCUUCAUCAAGGAAAAUGCAAAGAAACUUUUUCAUGGCUGCUCAACACGUAGCGACCCUGAAGGAGCCGCAGCGCCGCAGCUUUAAGAGACGCAGCGUCCUUCACCUUCAGCUGCGAACAUCAGGGAGACAAACUAAAUCGACUUUUGGUGAAAUCACUGCAAAUCAUAAAUCUGACAUAAAAAAGGACAAAAAUUAGCAAACAAAACAAUUAGUGAGGUCAGAUUCAAGGUCAGGGUCACAAGUUUACCUUCUUUUUUAAGCAAAAGUAAAUAUUCGAUUUUUAGGUUACAUAUUUACAGGAAGCUGCACAGUGGAGCAGUUGGUAGCACUGUUGCCUUGCAGCAUGAAGGUCCUGGGUUCGAUUCCCGGCCUGGGGUCUUUCUGCAUGGAGUUAGCAUGGAGUUAGCAUGUUCCCCCUGUGCAUGGUGGGUUCUUCCUUCCACAGUCCAAAGCAUGACUGUCAGAUUAAUUGGUCUCUCUAAAUUCUCCCUAGGUGUGAGUGUGGUUGUUUGUCCUGUGCCCUGGCGAUGAACCGGUGACCUGUCCAGGUGACCCCGCCUCUCAGCCUCCUGAUAGGAUAAGGCUGGAAGAUGGAUGAAUAUUUACAGGAUAUGAAAGUGUUGAAAUCCUCAGAGGUCAUCAGGUGCAAGGCAGCAGUAGCCUGGGAGUUCAACCAGCCUUUGGUGAUUGAAGAGGUUGAGGUGGCGCCGCCUCAGGAGAAGGAGAUCCGGAUCAAGAUCGUGGCAACAGGAGUGUGUCAGUCGGAUCUCUACUUCCUGUGCAAAUGUCUGAAUCAGACGAUGUUCCCGGCUGUUUUUGGCCAUGAAGCAGCCGGUGUGGUGGAGAGCAUCGGACCCGGGGUCACGGAGUUCCAGCCGGGAGACACGGUGAUCCCGCUGUUCAUGCCUCAGUGUCGGGAAUGCCGCCUCUGCAAGAGUCCCAAGACCAACCUCUGCGUCAACGGGUCGGCCGGUCGAAUAGAUGAGCGGAGCUUUGAGCGCUCCAGGAUCAGCUGCAGGGGCAGGAAGCUGCUGCAGUUCAUGGGAACCAGCAGCUUCUCUGAGUUCACCGUGGUGAAGGAGAUUUCUGUGGCCAAGAUCGACCCGGCCGCGCCGCUGGACAAAGUCUGUCUGAUCGGCUGCGCCAUCUGCACCGGGUACGGAGCGGCCGUCAAUACCGCCAAGGUGGAAGCGGGCUCCAGCUGCGCCGUGUUCGGUCUGGGAGCCGUGGGCCUGGCUGCGGUCAUGGGCUGCAGGGCGGCGGCAGCCAGCAGGAUCAUCGCCGUCGACAUCAACCCGGAGAAGUUUGAGAAGGCCAAGGUGUUGGGAGCCACGGAUGUGGUGAACCCCAACGACCACAGCAGGCCCAUCCAGCAGGUCAUCCAGGAGAUGACCGGCGGUGGAGUGGACUUCUCCUUCGAAUGCAUCGGGAAUGUGGAGGUCAUGCGCAGCGCCUUGGAGUCGUGUGCGGCCGGCUGGGGGGUCAGUGUGAUCGCCGGCUGGACAGACAUGCAGAACUUCAGCUCCCCGCCCAUCCAGCUGAUGACUGGACGGAAAUGGACGGGAACUCUGUUUGGAGGGUUUAAAGGGAAGGACGGCGUUGCUCAGAUGGUCAGAGCUUACCUGGACAGGAAGCUGAUGGUGGACGAGUUCAUCACCCACAACCUGAGGCUGGACCAGGUCAACGAAGCCGUGGAGCUGAUGAAGAACGGCCGGUGGUGCGACCCGAAGCUCAGAUGUUCCCUUCAUGAUUGAAACGGUCCUGACUGGGUGUUUGUGUCUCCGCAGCGUCCGGGCCGUGCUGAGCGUCGCUCCUCAGUGACGUCAUCGAGCGUCUGAACGUUUCCAUCCUGUUGCCUGAUGGUAGAAAAUAAAGGAGCUGAUCUGGAUUCUGCCUCGGACUGACUCUAUGUUUCUAGUUCUACUUUGAUCUUUUGCAGAACGUAUCUAGAAGCUGAUUUCUCGUUUUGUCUUCAGACAAAUCUUCGAUAUAAUAAUCAUGUUCAUCUCAGUCUGAUGAUAAUUAUCUGAUGACGACGUCCUAAAAGAUGAAAGGUGAUAAAGUGAAACUUCACUAAA